AUGAUGGCAGAAGUAACGAAAUCCACGGACAUCAAAGGCCUACACAAAAAUGGCUCACUCAACGAUGAAGAAACCGGCGGAUCGCACUCAGAGGCACCCCUCGAGGCCCACGCAGACGAAGACAUCGUAGCGCGGAUGAACAACCUUGAUCCGCCUGUGACGCCAGAGGAGGAGAGACGCGUACGGAGAAAGAUUGAUAUGCGACUGCCUCCCUUCCUGCUCAUUCUCUACAUGUUCACCUGGCUGGACCGUGGGGCGCUGGGGAACGCGGCGCUGAUGGGGAUCAAGGAAGAUCUUGGGUUCACGAGCAGAGACUUCUCUCUCGCCGUGAGCAUGUUCUUUGUCGGCACGGCGAUUUCUGACCUGUUUACGAAUAUUGGGAUGAGGUAUAUCCGGCCUUCGGUGUACCUUGCUACGGCUAUGAUCAUCUGGGGCAUCUUUGCGACGCUGCAAGCUGUUGCCGGCGGUCCCAGCGGGAUGUUCGCGAUCCGGUUCUUCCUUGGCAUCUUUGAAGCGGCCUUCAUCUCCGGGGCGCCGUAUCUGACGACUGUUCUCUACCCCAGAGCUGAAUGGGGCCGUCGCAUAAGCGUCUACCUCUCAGCAACCCCCCUCGCAGGCGCCUUCGGCGGCUGGGUAGCCUACGGCGUCUCCAACAUCUCCAACCCGCUCAUAAAGCACUGGCAAGCCCUCUUCGUCAUCGAGGGGCUCGUCACCAUCCUCUUCGGCGUAGCCUGCAUCUGGGUCCUGCCCGACCGCCCACACAACACGCGCUGGCUCACCCCGCGCGAGCGCGACGUCGCCACCUGGCGGAUGAUGCGUGACGGUAACCGCACGCACGGCAAAGUCCACUGGCGCACGACGGCGGCGCAACUGACGGGGGACUGGCGGCUGUGGCUGAACAUUGCGAUUUACAUGGGACAGGUGCUGCAGACGUACACGAUUGCGACGUUUACGCCGAUUAUUGUGGCAACGUUUGGGUAUGAUAAUGUCAAGGCGCAGUUGAUGACGGCGCCGCCGUAUUGUGUUGCGUUUGUCAUGGUGUUUGUUGUCGGGUGGGCGAGUGAUCGGGUGAAGUCGUGUUCGGGGUUGUUGGUGGGGUGUUCUGUUGUUGCUGCUAUUGGAGAUUUGUUGCUUGCCGUGUUGCCGCAUACGGCUGCGAGUGCGAGGUAUGGCGCGACGUUUUUGAUCUUGUCUGGAAUUUUGUCAGGUGUUACGUUGAGCGUUGGCAACAUCACGAGUAAUUGCUGCGGUGAUAUCAAGAAGGGGAUCGCGACGGGGUUGUUUCAGUCUUUUGGGAGUACAAUGGGCAUUGCGACGGGGUAUCUCUUCCCUUCGACGGAUGGGCCGAGCUACAAGAAGGGGUUCUGGACGUUGUUUGCGGCUACGUGUUGGACUGGUGUUGGGGCCGCGUUUGUGACGGUGAUGAAUAUCAGGGAAAAUAGGAGGCGAGAUCGGCAGUCUGGGAAACCGCCUCGAGAUAUGGUGAUCGACUAUGACGAGGAUGGUCAGAUGGACAACCAUCCAUAUUGGAGAGACGAAGGAGCGUCAAGUCGGCCCUGGGAUGAGGAUGGGCUGGCCUUCACGGCGUCGGAGAUGGCGUUCCUGCAAGCCGCCGCGGAGCAAUUCGGACUGCAAGUGACGGACGAUUGGCUGCAGCCGGGCAUCCAGCGGACUCGUGUCUUGGCGAUGAUGGUACUUUUACAGGUGCGCAACAUCAAGACCUUGGAGCUACCCAUCCAAAUCAAAGGAUUCUUAAGAUGUCUCCCCACUGGCGUCGGAUUUCCAGCACGCUACGAUGCGCUUACGGAAAUUCGGCUCGGCAAGAACACACUUGGAACGUUUGAUGCUACGGGUGAAGAUGACCCGUACUCGGGCAGCAGCGACGCGAGACGUCUGCUAGAAUCAGCACCGCGGCGCGAGACAGUCCAUCUUGAUUUCUUCGCAGGCAACUAUCGAGAUUGGUCCGCCAUGGAUUGGUCCAGCGUCAGGAACCUGCACUUGCGGCAACUAGAGAGCGAUGACGUCCAUGUGACGGAUUUGUCGACGUUUUCCCAUAUUGUGCAUGCCUGUCGAGGCCUACAAAAGUUGUCGAUUGCCUCGCUAACGCCGACUGGGACGAAGCAGAACGUGAAGAGCUCUUGCGACACAUAA